AUGAGGAUUAUUAGAAUAAUUUUGUUGCUUGCCUUAGCAGUCACAUGCGAAACGAAACGACGACAUUGCGAAACAGGCCUUCGAAAAGUGUCAAAGCUCGGAUUGCUCGAGAACUGCCUCACACCAUCAGAAUGCUCCUCUAUGCCGGCAUGUUCCGGAACCGUUUUGGGAGCUUGCUGCUGUGAAGAAGAGAAAAAUUGUUUGCUCUCUCGCGCUCGUCGUCAUUUGAAAACAACCACAGCUGCUUCAGUUGCCGAAGAAAAAGAAAAGGAGGACGAAGAUGAAGAUAAGAUCAAUGAAGAAGCAAAAUCUAUUGAUGAUGAUGAAGCAACUGAAGAGCCUGUGACAACAAAAUCGUCAAAGUCUUCCAAAAAGGAGAAAAAGGAAAAAGAAUCCAAGGCUACCACCAAAAAGCCCGAGCCAGAAGAAAAUGACGAUGAUGAAGAAGAGCCAAAAGAAGGAAAAACAAAAAAACCAUCCAAAAAGGAGAAAAAGCCGGAGAAAACAACUACCGCAAAGCCAGAGUUGAAUGAAAAGAAAUCGAAGAAAUCUGAGAAGAAAACCACCACUGUUGCUACGACUACUGAAAAAUCGAAAAAGAAAUCUGGAUCGAAGACGACAACUGAAGCACCUUCAGAGGAAACACUGGAGGAGUCAGCGGAAGAUGCUUCUACUACUGCAGCUACAUCAAGCGAAACUGAAACCACCGCGUCUGCAAGCCAAGAAACUGAAGACAGUACUGAAGCAUCGCACGAGAGCACUCCAGCAUCUGAUGAGACUAAAUCUGCUGAAACUCAAGAAUCAACGUCGACUGAAGUCACAAGCACUGAAAACAGUGAAGAAACAACUGAAACGGAUAGCACUGAAUCUAACAAAUCCGCUUCAGAAGAAUCCGAGGAAACCACCGUUGCUCCAAGCAAACCAUCAAAGAAAUUUAAAACUACUACUGAAGCUUCUUCAACAGAAGAAUCAACUGAAAAGUCGACUGAAGAAUCAACUGAAAAGUCGACUGAGGAAUCAACAGAAAAGUCGACUGAAGAAUCUACAGAAAAAUCAACGGAAGACUCCACUGAAGCUUCUACAGAUGAUUCUACUGAAGAUUCUACCGACUCAAGCUCUACCGAUGCUUCAGAUGAAUCUACCACUUCUUCAUCCGCAUCUGAUGAAUCAACUGAAAUUGUUGCCAAGAAGGUUGUUCAUAGUGAAUCAAGCAAGAAGGAAAAGAAAGAAAAGAAAGUUACUGAAAAGGGCGGCGACUCGAAUGAAAAUGAAGAUCAAACAACAAAGAAGACUUUGUUCUCCGCCGACCCAGAAUCCGAAGAAGACGAAAAUGAUGAAGAUGUUGGAGCCGAUCAAGAGUUCUUCGAAGACUCGAAGAGCAAGGCGCAGAAAGUUACCGAGGCUCCACGACGUAAAACAACAACUCUUGCUAUUAAAAACGAGAAGCAACAAAAGCAAUCAGGCAUUGGAUUCAAAAUUUGGCCACUCGUUUUUGCCGGCUUCUUAUUCUCGGGAUUGGUUGGCGGAGGAAUGUAUUAUUAUAACAAGAGGAAGGAAGAAGCCCUUGAAGCCACACUCAACGCCAACGAGGAGAAAGAGCUUGCUACAAUAGCUCCAUUACUCGAUGAACAACAACUCGCUGCUUCACCCAAAGUCUGA